GACCCGAGAUUGUCCCUGACACAGUAUGGUCCCCUGCUCCCCUCGUGCCUGCAGGAGCCCCUGGGAACGGGCGAGUGUCCGGGCCGGAGCAGACCGAGGGCCAGUGAGCACUCCUUAGGCUGAGACAAGGGCUCUGACAGCAACAAGAGAACUGCAAGGACAGGGUCAGGCACCCCGGCCCCAGACCCUGUUUUCUCAAGGGACCCUCUAUCCCAGCCCACACUCUGGAGGGACCUUCUCUCCCACCCCAGCACUCUGGAGGGACCCUCGGCCCUGGAGGGACCCCUGGCCCUGGCCCCAGCACGACUCUCUGGAGGCAUGCUUUGCAGGAACUCUCUGUCCUGGUGCAUUUGGGUAAGGAGCUGCUCUCUGGCCAGGAGCCAGCUUCCGUCUCAGGCACUCUCCUGGCUGCUGUGCAGCGUUUCUGUUCUGCUGUCCCACACGCUGUACCAGGUCUUUCCGCUCUUCCAAGCUUUGGGCGCGAAUGGGCUCCUCAUCGAGUAUGAGGACAUGUUUCCCUACGACGGCCACCUGCAGCUGCUGAGGGCCAAGCAUGCGUACAGCCCCGCAGAAAUUGGCGAGAUUCUGCAUCUGGCCACUCGGCACGGGCUGGAGGUCAUACCCCUGGUGCAGACAUUUGGCCACAUGGAGUUCGUGCUGAAGCACAGGGCUCUGGCGCACCUCCGGGAAGUGCCGCUGUUCCCCAACACCUUGAACCCCCACGAGGCCGAGGCCCUGGCACUGGUGGCUGCCAUGGUACAGCAGGUGCUGCAGCUGCACCCGGACGCCCGCUGGCUCCACCUGGGCUGUGACGAGGUGUACUACCUUGGGGAGGGCGAGGCCUCGAGGCGGUGGCUGCAGCAGGAACACAACAGCAAAACAAAGUUGUGCCUGUCCCACGUGAAGGCGGUGGCCAGCCACGUGCUGGCCCAGCACCCCACCACGACACCCCUCGUGUGGGACGACAUGCUGCGGGACAUCCCCGAGGGCCAGCUCUCAGCCUCCGGAUUGCCGCAGCUGGUGGAGCCGGUGCUCUGGGACUACGGGGCCGACCUGGACGUCCACGCCAAGGCCCUUCUCGUGGAGAAGUACCGCAAGUGCGGCUUUGCCCGCCUGUGGGCCGCCAGCGCCUUCAAGGGGGCCACUGGGGCCAGCCAGACCCUGACCCCCAUUGAGCAUCACCUGAAGAACCACGUGCAGUGGCUGCAGGUGGCAGCCCACGUGCCUGCCCACGCACUGCAGGGCAUCGUGCUGACGGGCUGGCAGAGGUACGACCACUUCUCCGCGCUGUGUGAGCUCCUGCCUGUCGGCAUCCCGUCUCUGGCCGUGUGUCUGCAGACACUCCUGCACGGGGGCUUUGCUGAAGAUGCCAGAGCAAGAGUGGAGACCUUCCUCGGGACCCCAAGCCUGGAACUCACGGGCUUUGCAGGGGAGGGGGCUGGCUCUUUCCCUGGCAGCGACAUCUUGGCCCUCAUCACCCAAGUGAGCCUCCACCUGUGCAGUUCCGUGGACGCCCUGCUGGAGAGGGACCGGUAUGUGACGGGCUGGUUCAGUCCCUACCACCGCAGGCGGAAGCUCAUCCACCCAGUCAUGAUCCGGCACAUUCAGCCCCAGGCGCUCAGGGGCCCCGUGGCUGUCCUUGCAGAGAAGAGAGGGUGUUUGGAGUGGCUGGGCAGCUGUGGCCACGCCCUGCAUGUCCAGGGGACAGUCCCAGCAGCCUGCCCUCCCCGAGACUCCGGGACUCCCCCACAGCCUGCUGGCCAGGUGGGAGGCCGUGGUGCAGGAGCUGGAGGCCGCCCUGCAGCGUGUCUUCUACCCGGAUGCUGUGGAGGAGUGGCUGGAGGAGAACGUGCGGCCCAGUCUGCAGCGUUUGCAGGCACUUCUGCAAGACCUGGGGGAGGCUGCGGCACAGGGAGCAGAUGCUGGGCCCUGAGGAAGAGGGCAGGACCCAGGGGCUGGCGCCACCCACGUCCCCCUCUCCCUCCUCUCAGCGUCGCAGCCCAGAAGCCAGCAUUGCAUUUUGUACUUUAUUUUAGGGAAAAAGCAUCGUACCUAACCAUUCAAAACCUAAUGUUGGAGUCCUUUUUUAUGGUUUUAUAGGGAAAA